UCUGAGACCUGGAAUCUUACGAAACAACAAACCUUGAAACUCAGAACUAUGCAGAGAGCCCAUGAAAGAAUCAGGCAAAACAUAACAUGGCGAGAUCGUAAAACAGCUAAAUAGAUCCGAGAAAAAACCAAAGUAUGAGAUAUCACGAAAACAAUGAGCAAACUCAAAUGAGAUUGGACUGCUCAUGUGGCGCGAAGAACAGACAACCGUUGGACAUCCCGCAUUACGUUCUGGAAGCCCCGGGGAAACUCAAGGAACCGGGGAAGACCAAGGAAGAGAUGGAGGGACGACUUAGAUAG